AUGGGCUCGCCCGUAGGGUUUUACCUUCCUCAAGAAGCCGGCUACCCCAUCGAUCCGUCCUCUAAUCGCUUCUAUCUCAUGGAAACCCACUACAAUAACCCAUUCUAUUCUUCCAUGGAGCAAAUGUCAUCAAUUUCUGGUACGGGUGCCACCAUGGUCGACAGCUCCGGACUUCGGCUCUACUAUACUCCUAUUUUGAGGAAACACGAUGCCGGAGUUCUUUCUGUAGGAAUGGAGCCUAAUUGGAGGCACAUAAUACCUCCAGCGCAAAAGGCAGUCAUUUCCGAGGCACAUUGCGUUUCCGAUUGUACCAAGAGAGCGCUGCCUCAGAAUGGUAUCAGCGUUUUUGCUGUUAUUAUGAGGACACAUAUGAUUGGAAGGAGGGUUCGACUACGUCAGAUCCGUCGUGGCACUGAACAGCCUCCGAUUUCGGCAGAUGGCAACCUCGACUUCGACUACCAAGAAUACAGGCGACUUGGUUCACCUGUAAGGGUUCUUCCAGGUGAUCAUUUGAUCGCAGAAUGCACCUACGACAGUUCAGAACGUGCUGCAAUCACACUAGGAGGUCUUACAACUAGAGAAGAAACUUGUCUAGUUUUUGCCUUGUAUUAUCCUAGACAAAAAGAAUUGACGUCUUGUCAUUCGUUGCCGAGUUUGCCAACAGUCUUGCACUCUUUGGGGAUCCAAGAACUUCAUUCUGGAUCCAAUCCAAUAAGAAUUGCUCGUCCUCCUGAAUUGGCUGGAAUGACUUUGGAAUCUCGGCUGGUGUCUUACGAUUGGGAAAAUCAACUUGACAGUUUCCAAGAAGCGACCAGAAGAGGAUCCUUUAAACCUCUCUGUUGGACAUCAAAGCCAUCUUUAUUACCGGGUACUGAGAAUUUAGAGUCCCACUACCCCAACAUCACUCGGCCUUACAUCGCUCCUGAUUCCUGCGGGAGAGUCACCUCCAGCAUACCAGGAGCUGCCGUCCUCCUGGACGAUAACCACAUAGAAGGAGCAGCCAGGAGUAAAGUCUCAAGGAGCAGUGCUGGCCAACAAGGGGAAACUUUGGGUCUCAGUUCUUCGGACAAAGUCCGAACGAGGUGGCAGUAUGUCGCAGCAAUUGUGUUAACUGUGUUCUUGGUGCUGUGAUUACAGUAAAUAUAAAACAGAAAAAACUGCUAAAAAUAUAUUGUAAAUAAUAAUUGAUUGAUUGAGUGCGGUAAUGAUAGAUGUAGAUAAUUUUUGAAUAAUAUUGAAUGUAUAGAUAGAAUUUUUGAAAACGCAAGUUUGUAUGUGUGCAUGAGGAUUUUGAUGUUUGUA